UUUACUCUACGAAGACUGUAGAGGAAGUGACGCAAACGAGUAGUUCCUCCUCUAUCAAUCUCUUUUCGUGCUGGCUUGGCCGUCGACCGGUCCGCAAAGAUGCAGAUCUUCGUGAAAACCUUGACAGGAAAAACCAUCACCCUCGAGGUGGAACCCAGUGACACCAUCGAGAAUGUGAAGGCCAAGAUCCAGGAUAAGGAAGGAAUUCCUCCUGAUCAGCAGCGUCUGAUUUUCGCUGGGAAACAGCUGGAAGAUGGCCGCACUCUGUCCGACUACAACAUCCAGAAAGAGUCCACCCUCCACCUGGUACUGCGUCUGCGGGGUGGGAUCAUUGAGCCCUCCCUCCGGCAGCUGGCCCAGAAGUACAACUGCGACAAGAUGAUCUGCCGCAAGUGCUACGCACGUCUGCACCCCCGUGCCGUCAACUGCCGCAAGAAGAAGUGCGGGCACACCAAUAACCUGCGCCCCAAAAAGAAGCUGAAGUAAAGGGCGGGGCCUUCGCGCUCCUGGGCUCUCCUUACAGACCUUUGUAGAAAAUAAAAAGUGAAAAUUAA